ACAGUGAGCGUCCCGUACAGGGGUGGAGGCAGGCCUGGGGAGGUGGCUCUGUACUGGGGGCUGGUCCCACUUGUGGUCUGAAUGCCUCCUGGGGCCAGCUGACCUUGGGCAAAUCGAUUUUGCCUAAGCUUUGGUUUCCUGUCUGUUAAUGGGUUUGGGGCUGUGCCCCAGCUUCACCCUUGUGAUUCUGGGGUUGCUGUGACACAGCCGUCGACCUGGGUUGGAGGAUUAACAGGGGAACUCUGGGCUGGCUGCUCUGCCUAGAUCUUCCUCAUGCUCCCCUCCGCUGAGUCCUGGGAACCUGCCCUGCUCAGAGUCAUGGUCUCUGGGUGGGGCCUCUGUGAGAGGACUGUCUGCCCCACACCCUACGCAGACGCCUUCAACUGCCCCUUGGGGACGCUGGGUGACCCCCGGCUGGCCUCUUGUCCCCUCUGCGACUAGGAGAGCGAGGAGGCUGCCUGGGUGCGGAGUCUCUGGAGAAGAUUCUGCGGCCACAGGCACCUGCAGCGUGUGAGGGAGAUCCCAGUCAUUUCAGCCAAACCCUCCCAUCUUUCACGGCUACCUCCCCAGGCAAGGCUUGGGGCUCCCAUCUGCUGCCACACGGUGAGUCCCAGCCCCAUCCAGCAGGUCUGAUUUCAGGAGAGAACAUCAGGUAUCCCCUUUGAGGGCACCUUGGAAGCUGAACCCCAUGCUCUGGGGGGCCACUCAGGGGAUACCUGGACAGUGCCAGGCUCUGGGCUGAGGUGGGGGACACAGGAGGGAUCAGGCCUGUCCACCCUGGAGCUCCCUGCUAAGCAGUGGAGGCCCGGCCGCUGGAAGGGGCUCGAGAGGUCUGAGGGCUCCCGGGAUGGGCCCUGAAGACAAGCAGGGAGGGCUUGGGAGGGCAGGGAUGGGGCCCGGAGCUCCCAGCAGAGGGCCUGGCCCGGGCAAAGGUCUGGGGGCCGGACAGCCCGCAUGUGUCCUGGGAGGCUGGAAGGAGGCACAGGCCCAUGUUCCCGAGGCUUGACUUUAGACUGUGCCCUGGCGGGGAGGGGCCUGGCCCAGUCCCCGCCCACCCCCGUGGCAGAGCCAUGAAGAAGCGGUUCGUGGUGCUGGGCCUGCUGGCCGUGGUCCUGGUGCUGGUCAUCGUCGGCCUCUGCCUCUGGCUGCCCUCGACCUCCAGAGAAGCCGACCGCCAUGUGUACCCCAGGGCAGCCGUGGCCACAGAUGCCAAGCGCUGCUCGGAGAUUGGGAGGGACAUGCUGCAGGUCGGCGGCUCGGCGGUGGACGCGGCCAUCGCGGCCCUGCUGUGCGUGGGGCUCAUGAACGCCCACAGCAUGGGCAUCGGGGGUGGCCUGUUCCUCACCAUCUAUGACAGCGCCACACGAAAAGCUGAGGUCAUCAAUGCCCGAGAGGUGGCCCCUGGGCUGGCCUCCGCCAGCAUGUUCAACAGCUCGGAGCAGUCUCAGGAGGGCGGGCUGUCAGUGGCGGUUCCCGGGGAGAUCCGCGGCUACGAGCUGGCGCACCGGCGGCACGGGCGGCUGCCCUGGGCUCGCCUCUUCCAGCCCAGCAUCCAGCUGGCCCGCCAGGGCUUCCCCGUGGGCAAGGCCUUGGCCGCAGCCCUGGACAGCAGGCGGGCCGUCAUCGAGAGGCAGCCUGCCCUGUGCGAGGUGUUCUGCCGGGAUGGCAAGGUGCUCCAGGAAGGGGAGACACUGAUCCUGCCGCGGCUGGCCGACACGUACGAGACGCUGGCCCGCGAGGGUGCCCAGGCUUUCUACAAUGGGAGUCUCACGGCACAGAUUGUGAAGGACAUCCAGGCGGCUGGGGGCAUUGUGACGGCCAAGGACCUGAACAACUACCGCGCUGAGCUGAUUGAGCAUCCGGUGAACAUCAGCCUUGGGGACACAGUCCUCUACGUGCCCAGCGCGCCGCUCAGCGGGCCCGUGCUGGCUCUUAUCCUCAACAUCCUCAAAGGGUACAACUUCUCCCGGGAGAGCGUGGAGACACCCAAGCAGAAGGGCCUGACCUACCACCGCAUCGUGGAGGCCUUCCGGUUCGCCUACGCCAAGAGGACCCUGCUGGGGGACCCCAAGUUUGUCGAUAUGACUAAGGUGGUUCUCAACAUGACCUCUGAGUUCUUUGCGGCCCAGCUCCGGGCCCGGAUCUCCGAUGACACCACUCACCCGACCUCCUACUACGAGCCUGAGUUCUACACGCCCAACGAUGGGGGCACCGCCCACCUGUCUGUCGUUGCGGAGGACGGCAGUGCUGUGUCUGCCACCAGCACCAUCAACCUCUACUUUGGCUCCAAGGUGCGCUCCCCAGUCAGCGGGAUCCUGUUCAACGAUGAGAUGGACGACUUCAGCUCUCCCAACAUCACCAACCAGUUUGGGGUUCCUCCUUCACCUGCCAAUUUCAUCGAGCCAGGGAAGCAGCCACUCUCGUCCAUGUGCCCGACCAUCAUGGUGGGCCAGGAUGGUCACGUCCAGAUGGUGGUGGGAGCCUCCGGGGGCACGCAUAUCACCACAGCCACUGCACUGGCCAUCAUCCACAGCCUGUGGUUUGGCUACGACGUGAAGCGGACCGUGGAGGAGCCCCGGCUGCACAACCAGCUUUUGCCCAACAUCACGACGCUGGAGAGAGACAUUGACCAGGCAGUGGUUGCGGCCCUGGAGACCCGGCACCACCAAACCCAGUUCACCUCCACCUUCAUCGCUGUGGUGCAGGCCAUCGUCCGCACGGCCAGCGGCUGGGCAGCUGCCUCGGACUCCAGGAAAGGCGGGGAGCCUGCCGGCUACUGAGUGCUCACGGCAGACAAGCUGCCCAGCAGCCCGGGGACCAGAUGCUCACCAGGCCGGGGGGCGCCCUGUGGGACAUGCUCCCCUGCGAGUGGAGGAGCAGAGCAAUAAAUGGGGCCACCGUGCCGGCUCUGGGCAGCCUUUGUGGUCAGGGUCCCC